AUGCACAAGGAGUCUGAGGGGAUCACCUCCAUGAAGCUCUCUGUGAAAGAUCGGUGCCACGCUCUGCCACCGCGGCUUAAAGGCCUGGCUGAACCGUUCUUUGUGGCCAAGCACGAAGACAGUUUGUUUAAGGAUCUGUUUCAGGACUACGAGAGGUGGGUCCGCCCCGUGGAGCGCCUGAACGACAAGAUCGGAAUAAAGUUCGGCCUCGCCAUAUCUCAGCUGGUGGACGUGGAUGAGAAAAACCAGCUAAUGACCACGAAUGUCUGGUUGAAGCAGGAGUGGAGAGACGUGAAACUCCGGUGGAACCCCGAGGACUACGGGGGGAUCCGAGCCAUCCGGGUCCCGUCAGACUCUCUCUGGACCCCAGACAUCGUCCUGUUUGACAACGCCGACGGGCGUUUCGAAGGGGCCCGCACGAAGACCGUGGUCCGGUUCGACGGCACCGUCACCUGGACGCCGCCGGCCAACUACAAGAGCUCCUGCACCAUCGACGUCACCUUCUUCCCCUUCGACCUCCAGAACUGCUCCAUGAAGUUCGGCUCCUGGACCUACGACGGCUCGCAGGUGGACCUCCUGCUGGAGGACCGCGACGUGGACAAGAGGGACUUCUUCGACAACGGGGAGUGGGAGAUCGUGAGCGCCACGGGCAGCCGGGGGAACCGGACGGACGGCCACCGCUGGUACCCGCACGUCACCUACGCCUUCGUCAUCAGGCGCCUGCCCCUCUUCUACACCCUGUUCCUCCUCAUCCCCUGCGUCGGGCUCUCGCUGCUCACGGCGCUGGUCUUCUACCUGCCGUCCCCCGAGGGCGAGAAGAUCUGCCUGUGCACCUCAGUGCUCGUCUCGCUGACGGUCUUCCUGCUGGUCAUCGAGGAGAUCAUCCCCUCGUCCUCCAAGGUCAUCCCCCUCGUCGGGGAGUACCUGGUGCUCACCAUGAUCUUCGUGACGCUGUCCAUCACCGUGACCGUCUUCGCCAUCAACAUCCACCACCGCUCGCCCGCCACGCACCACGCCAUGGCGCCCUGGGUGGUUGAAGACUGGAAGUUCAUCGCCCGCGUCCUCGACCGGCUCUUCCUGUGGACGUUCCUCGUGGUCUCGGUGGUCGGCUCCCUCGGGCUCUUCGUUCCUGUGAUUUAUAAAUGGGCCACGAUACUGGCUCCGGCCCCAGUCGGAACCCCCAAGACGUGA